CAGCCAAUGAUGGUGCGGGGGCGGGCCCUGCCGGGGCCGCAGCCUGGGAGGCUUUAAAGCCAGAGCCCAGGGCUGCUCCGCCAGAUUUUCGGACCUCGGCGACCUCCAAGGAGCUGAGUCUGCGGAGUACUUGUAUUUGAACCAUGAAUCUUUUACUCCUCCUGGCUCUCCUGUGCUUGGGAACAGCCUUAGGCAUUCCAAAAUUUAAUCAAACAUUUGAUGCACAGUGGCACCAGUGGAAGUCCACACACAGAAGGCUGUAUGGCACGAAUGAGGAAGAAUGGAGGAGAGCAGUGUGGGAGAAGAAUAUGAAAAUGAUCCAGCUGCACAAUGGGGAAUACAGUGAGGGGAAGCAUGGCUUCACCAUGGAGAUGAAUGCCUUUGGUGACAUGACCAAUGAGGAGUUCCGGCAGUUGGUGAAUGGCUAUAAGCACCAGAAGCACAGGAAGGGGAAGGUAUUUCAGGAGCCUCUGCUGCUUCAGGUCCCCAAGUCUGUGGACUGGAGAGAUAAAGGUUGUGUGACUCCCAUAAAGAAUCAGGGCCAAUGUGGUUCUUGUUGGGCUUUUAGCGCCACUGGGGCUCUAGAAGGACAGAUGUGCCUUAAGAUUGGCAUACUCACCUCACUGAGUGAGCAGAACCUUGUGGACUGUUCUCAGGCUGAAGGCAAUCAGGGCUGCAAUGGUGGCCUGAUGGAUUAUGCCUUCCAGUAUGUUCUUAACAACAAAGGUCUGGAUUCAGAGGAGUCCUAUCCCUAUGAAGGAAAGGAUGGAACCUGUAAGUACAGACCUGAGUUUUCUGCAGCUAAUGACACAGGCUACGUGGAUAUCCCUCAGCUGGAGAAGGCCCUUAUGAAGGCUGUGGCACUUGUGGGGCCUAUUGCUGUCGCUAUAGAUGCCAGCCAUCCGUCUUUCCAGUUCUACAGUAAAGGCAUUUACUAUGAACCGAAUUGCAGCAGCAAGGAGCUUGACCACGGGGUUCUGGUGAUUGGCUAUGGAUUUGAAGGAACAGAUUCAAAUAAGAAUAGAUUUUGGAUUGCCAAGAACAGCUGGGGUCCUGAUUGGGGCAUGGAAGGCUUCUUCCAUAUAGCCAAAGACAGGAACAACCACUGUGGAAUUGCCACUGCUGCCAGCUAUCCUACCGUGAAAUGAUGGAAAGUGGUAAUUAAAGACUCACGGACACUACGGAAUUUAAUCUUAAAAUUGACCAAACCCUUAUUGACACCGUAGUACUUGAAUCAUUGAAGAUCCAAGUCAUGAUUUGAAUUCUGUGACAUUUUUACAUGGUUAAAUGUUACCACUACUUAAACUACUCUUAUAAACAGCUUUAUAAUAUUGAACACUCAUUGCUUAAUUCCAAGUCUGGAAUAUUUGUUUUAUAAAGGAUGUAUAAAGCUUUCUUUAGCUUUUGAAAAUAAAUUUUAGUUCAGUGUGUA